AUGCCCAGCCGUCUUAUGCUGGAAAAAGUUUAUCUAAACAGAUUGCACGCUUUAAGGCACUUUGAACUUCGAAACAUAACACAAAGCACUAUCCUUAUCAAACUACGCUCCAACCUUGGCUCCCAGAUCGCGUUUCAACUCACUAAUGAAAAUCUUCCUGAAUUGAGGCCAUGUUCACCCAUCCCAAAGGAAAUUAAUGACUCGUCAAAUUCACCGUCGCCUUAUAUUUCACCCGUCCCUGAAAAUGAUAUAUUACUUAGUACGAAGCCAGAAGAUCCACUGACUAAUAUUACUACAAAUACAGUCGCUGCAGCUGCAGCUGGAGCAUUUGGGGAUAAUGUCAAUGGGCAUCAGUUCAAUCAACUUUUUAAUUACGUAAACCAUAUAGACGAAGUAGAAAUCGCACCCGGAUGUUCUCAAAGGGUUAUUUUGGCAUUUUUACCAGACCAUCGUCACAAAAGUCGAAGAUCCGCCGCCGAUAGUUCUUUGACAUCUUCAUCUGUGGAUGACAUCAGCGGUGUGUCCAUUAUUAUGAUGAACUCUAAUAAAGUAGAGGAUCCAAGAGUUAAUGCUAAUCUAUUUACACCAUCACUUGAAGAAAAUGAGACUUUUGAUUUUUUUGAAGUCAAUGGUCUUCUGUUUUUUUUUGCUUAUUUGGUUGACAGGCAAGAAGAAAAUGAUGCAAAUACUCAUUCUUCGACGUCUUCGACCAUGGAAAUCGAUAUAGAAUAUAUCCAAUUUUCAUCCUUGGAUAAUAAAUUAUCCAAAUCCGAUAUUGAGAGCACGCCCUAUCGUGACAUAGAGACUAUCAGUGGCACAUCCAGAGCAGAUCACCAGGUUACCGUCAAGUUUCGUUCCACAGUAUGUCGUUCCGUGUUGUGGACAGACGUUGGGGAAACUGGAAUAAACUUUGAUGAUUGUGUGAUUGGUGGCGUUUACUUUAAGGAUUUUACUAUUUGGAAUCGAUCAGAAAUCGAAUUAUAUUGGCUUUUAAAUACAGUUGACUUGUCUUAUUCUAAACGUGAAGAUUGGUUGAAAUUUACAGAUUAUGAUACAGGAGAGUUAUUGGAUACCAAACCAAUACCAAGUUACUCUCAUAGGAGAAUUAGAGUCACAUUUCGACCAAAGGAAAUCGGUGAAUUUAAUUACGAUCUUCAACUUGAAAAUGCCAAUGAUCCUACGAAUGUUUUGCAAAGCAGGAUUCAUUCAGUUGUUAGAUCAGUGUUAAGCGAAGAGUCAUUAGUCAUUAGUAGUGGUAAUAUCCUCGAUUUCGGAGAUUGCUGCGCUGGUGUCUGGAGCAAACAACAAUUGGUGCUAAAGAAUGUCAGUGAAAGACCCCUGGAAAUCCAUUUUACAUCUGAAAAUGCAGAUGUAUCAUUUCAUCUGAUUAAUAAUGAAUUAAUAAAAUAUGAUAAUAUGAGUACGAGGGCUCAUAUCGAAGAUUUGGAAGACAUGGCACCAUUACAUCAGAAAUUCAAUGAUACGAACAUUUCCAGCAGUACACCCAUGGUUAAUAAUAUCAAUUCUAGUCUAGUUAGUGAAAUUUCAGUUCCUGGAAGUGAGGUUAGUUCCAGGUCGAUGUCUCCAAUUGCUCCAACACACGAGUCAGAUGGAUUAGUUUCCCCUGAGAAUAUAAGCGUAGUCAGUGAGCCAUCAUCGGAGGCUGCAUCAAGAUCAGCGAGCAGACAUCGCACCAGUGUUAUGGAAGAUUCGGAUUUGGAAAGUGAAAACAUAUAUGGACGAAGCUUUUUAAUUAGUGAUUCUUUUAGGAAAUCUGAUUUUGGUAUCGGAGAUGCUGAUGGAUCCGCUCAAAUAGAAGAACUCCGUCUUAAACCCGGAAAGGAACGUACUGUUCAGGUGUCUUACCGUCCAGAGAAAGAUUCUUCAGCCACAGAUUUCAAUGCUAUUCUACUUACCCGUAAAACAUUUCGAAUUAUUGUUCAAUAUGUUCCUAUCAAUGCUAGCUCAACUAGUUUAAGUACAGUCGGUCAGGGGCGCAAAAUUAUUCAAUGUAAAGCUCGCAGCUGCACCUCAUUCAUUGAAGUCAGUCCAAAGGAAGUCAAUUUCGGAGAUACAGAUGUUGGCACUCUUAAAUCAAUGCCUAUUACCGUUACGAAUUUAUCAGAGUUGACUGCACGCGUUGAACUUAGAUUUGAUUCAAAAGUACUCUAUUGCACUCGUAAGGAAAUAAUUAUCCCACCAAAGCUUUCAACGGAGGUCAAGCUUGAUAUGUAUCCCAGAAAAGUGAACGUGGAAUAUCGUAAGCAAAUUACCGUCGUUAAUUUACAAAAUCGAGAUAAUGACCAGAUAAUUGAAGUUAGAAGUACGAACAUCGACAAGAAUCGCGUCACAUUUCAUUCUUUAUUUUAUCGAACUUUAACAUCAAAUGGCAGUAAUUUCAUUGAUUUUGGAUAUACUGUGCUGAAUUCACCGUCCAUCCGGACUUUUACGAUUGAUAACAUUGGCACCAAGAAAUUAGUUCUUGAAAUAACGUCUUCUUUGCCCGAAGAGAUAGUCAUGUAUCAGAAACGUAAAAAAACUGAUGACCUUAGCAACCAAGGAGACAUCAUUACGAAUGCACUCAUAGAUUCAGAUGGUAAUCUUGGAAGGAGUGGAGAGACUGAUUCAAAUAGCUUCAAAAUAGAAAAAAGAGAGAAGUUAUUAAAAUCUAUUUGUGAACGUCGGCUAGUAAAAAAAUAUACUUUAACUACUGACUUUACUGGAAAAAAUAUAAAUAUAGCAAAUUUAUCUGCAGCAAAUUCUGAAAUCAAGACGGAAGAAACUCAUUAUAGCAUUUCUAAUAAACGACUUUUUCCAAACACACCUGAUGUCUCUCUAGCUGAGGUGACAACAUAUAAUACGGAUUAUCUUGAUUUGGCAGGUCCCGCGUCAGUAGAUCUGCGUCGUUCUUCACGAAGGAGGCAACAGAAAACACCGAUAAGUAAAACAGGCAUAAGUCCCGCGAUCGAAAGAAUAAGAGAAAGUUAUUCUGUACCUGUUUCUACAAGUGGUUCUGGUAGUAUUUGUGCUUUCAAUACCGGUUCAACUAAUGCCCCAAACGCUUCUUUUGAGAGAGCGAAUUCUGAUAUCGGCGAGAGUAAUGUUGGCGAUAAGUCGUUGGGAGAUAAAUUGGAUCACGAUUUUGAAAGCACUAACCUAAUACUUACAAAAGGAAAUUAUGUAAAAAAUAAAGUUGUAGAUAGGUAUACAUUUUCUAAUAUGCCUAUAGACAUUCUAAUCGCAACCCUUGAGGCCAAUAACAUAACAACCCCGCCAUUGUUUCCUAAGUCAUCAAUUGAAGAAGCUUACGUGCAAAAUCAGAUUGGUCUCAUGCGAGAAUUACGUAACCGGAUAAAAGAACAUCAGAUUGUUCCAAUUAAAAUGGUAGAAAUUCCUCCCUCCGGUGAAAGUCAGAUAAUAGUAAUCUUUACACCAAAGCAAGUGCUGCGACCAAAUGUGCAAGGUUUACCAAAAAAGUGCGAUGCUAAAGUAUUUAUACGCCUAAUAGAUUUUGAUCGUGACAUUCAGCAGCCUCAGUUUGAUGGUUUACUUCAUGGUAAUCAGGACCAAAUUCCUGUCAGGGAACUUAUGGUGAAUGCUACAUUAUGUAGGUCGUAUAUGGUUCUUGGGCAAAAAAAUAUUAAUUUUGGAAUAAUAGAUAAGGGUGAACGUCGAAAUAAGACUAUACUCAUUCAAAAUAGAAGUGAAGUGCCUUUGCUAUAUAAUAUACGGAAAUCCGGAUCGAUUACAUCUAGAGACGUUGUAUUUGGUGCAGGUCAAUUAGGAGUCGUCCGUGGAUAUGGAAAUAAAGAAGUAGAGUUCACUUUUAAAUCUAGAUUUACGGGUCAAUUUUAUGAGAGGUUUAUUAUUGAAAAUAUCCAAGAUCACGAUAAUAACCAAAUGCUUUCAGUUAAAGCAGAUAUCCGUAAACCAUUUAACUUUUCUAUCCAGCCACCAAAUAUUGAUUUUGGUACUUGUCUAAUUAAUGACAAUGCACCAGUUGUACAGAGCAUUAUAGUAAGCAACACUAACAAACAAUCACGCACAUUUGAGGUGCGAAUUAACCCACGAGAUUUAAAGUUUAAUGCAUGUUUUGGUGAAUUGGAUUUUAUCCCUCAGGAAGAAGUUGAUGGUGUAUUAUCGACCGGUGGAAUUCUUAGCAAGGAAACGGAAGAUAAAAUUGAAGAUUUGGAACAAAAAGUUAAAAUUGCAAGGCGUAAAGGUCACACUGGCAAAGUGGAGCAAAUUGAAAAACAAUUGGAGACAUUGCGACGAGGGAAAUCAGGAAUCGAGGAUUCGAAAACUGCAAAUGAAUUAGUUAACGAAGCUGCUAUAGACUUUGUAAAUGACAUUGCGUCAAAGGAAGAAAAGUUCAUUUGUGUUAGUGAUGAACAACAAACAAUUUCUGAGGAAACAUUAUUGGGUAGCUCAACCAACGAACGUCCUGGCGAAAACAAUUUUACGCAAAGUAGACAGCCGGCACGUGCCGAAAAAUUGACAGAUCAUCAUACUAAGCGCAUCUUCAACUCUAAUUCUAGUAAAGGAAAAGAUGCCAACUAUAAAAAAACGUCUACGUCAAUUAUUUUCUCUAUUGAGCCUCAGACUACAAAAACGGUGUUUUUAUAUUUUAGGGCCAUUGCUACCAACAUGUUAAGCUCAACCAGCGAGGAAACAGUGUGCCAAGGAAUAUCUUGCGAACAAAUUACUGGUCAAGUAUAUGUGCAUGAGCAUAAAAACACUGAUAUUGUUAAGGCUAUUAAUUUUCAUGCUACAGUUUGCUAUGACUCCAGUUAUUUUCAGGCAUCAAAUGAUGUGUCUAAUAAUAAUGAGAGUCGUUCUGAGACAGGGUUUUCUACUACAACCACAGAAAUAUCUGAACAAAUAGUAAAGGAAAAGUCAAAUUCUUUAUCUUCUUUACGCAAUACAUCCAAUGCAAUAAGUUUUCCAGCUUUGCAGGGCUAUUAUUUAGCUUCUUCAAGAUCUUCAGCUCGUUCACCAUCGCUAGGACCGUUACAAGAAGAUGCAAACUCUUCCGAAAACAACGACUAUUUACCUGAAAAUUUAAGUUUAGAGCCGUCAGUUCUUGACAUUGGGAAACUUGAAGUCAAUCAAAAUCACAACUAUUACUUUAAAUUAACCAACAGAGGUGAUAGUUUGCUAGAAUAUGAAAUUAUUGUUUCGGAAAGCGAGUGUUCUUUUUUUCAAAUUGAUGAGAAACGUGGAAAACUAUCGGCCCAAGAAACACGUCGGGUUGAUUUUACAGUCAUCGCAACUGAUGUUGGUCGCCAAAAGCAUUCGUUGAUUGUCCGGAAUUGUGAAACUCAGGCUCAAUGCAGCUUUACUCUUCAUGGUUACAUUCAUUAUGCUCAAUAUCUGUCAUUCCCAUCACUUGAAGAUGAGCUAAAUUUAGGGUAUUGUUAUGUGGAUCCUGGAAGAAAAUAUUCACAAGUUACUCCUCUUAUAGUUGAAAAUAUUACCAAUAAAGACAUUUUUAUCACUUGCCAAAGUAACUUAUCUUUUCAAGUGUCAGUUUUUCUUGAUGAAAAUGGUGAACGUGGUCAAGUCGUUGAGACAUUGUUAAGAAAAAAGACUAAGAUGACGGUUUGGGUCGCGUUACAGCCUAAUCUCUUUAACGGAGUCCUUGCAGCGUCCAGGGGGAAUAAUGGUAAUGCAGUGAAUUCAUUAGGAAACACGUCCAUGGGUACUAGCAUAAUUGACCGAAAUGCGAUAGCAAAUGGCGAAUGUCGUGAAUUAAUCGGUGGCAUUAAAUUCUCAGUUCAAGUCAAGGAGGAGGAUGGGUUCCAGAUCAUAAAUUCUGAUAAUGAUACUGUAGAGAUGAAAAAUAAGGAAUCUGCACUAGAAUUGUUUACUGUAAUAACACAAACGGUCAAGUUUAGAUCUCUAAUUGGUCGUUCCAUCUUGUCAGUUUCAGACUCUCUAAUAAAUCUUGGCUCGACUAGAGUUGUGGGCGACACAUUCGAUGGCUCAUUCACUGUGCGAAAUAUGUCUAGCCGUCUUCCGCUAGAUUACGUGGUUGAAUGUCACAGUGAUAAUAUCAUUUUGGACCGUUCUGGUGGCACGCUUGAAGGAUGGGAAUAUAAAUGCAAUUCAUAUGAUUCUUCAAGUCAUAAUAUCAUGUCAUCUGAUAUUAAAGAAAUUACUUAUAAAAAUAAUAUCAAUGAUAAAUCUUCAGUUCUUAUUAAUUUUCAUGUUACAUCAUAUAAAUAUGGGCUUUUUCGCGACAAGAUUGUUGUUACAAACAAAAAUAAUGCGGAUCAAGUUGUUGAAGUUGAGGUUAGACUAUUUGUUGACCCAGACACACUUUCUUUCUUGACUGAGGAUGAAUUUCCUAUAUCUAAAGCUAAUUUAUUUGAUAAUGGAAAGCUAAAAAACUCUGAAAUUUUACCAAUAAUUUCCUGGGAGAACAUUUUUGUAGCAGUUAAUAAUGCUGAAUCAAAUUUAUCCAUUGAGACAGAAAUUAAAGAGUGCGCAAAGAAAGAACUUAAAGCUUUCAUUCAAAAAGAGAAUAGAGCGGCCUCCACUCCAUUAUAUGAACGAUGUGCUGAAAUUUGUAAUAAAUCACCUUCACAUGUUAUGCAGAUUCUCCCAUUGAGUGAUUUAGAUAUAGUGACUCGGUGGGAACCUUUUGACAAUGUCAGAGCGAUUGAAGAACAAAAUGAUAAGCUACAACAUGAUUAUUCACCAUUCAAAAUCUGUGGUCCUUUGUUUGAACUAAAGCCUGGAGAUAAAGCACGUAUUUAUCUAAGCCGUCCACAGCCAAGCUCUUUAACUCAAGAAAAAUUAAUUAUGAUUUCAAAUGGGAAAAAUGUUAGUGUUCGAGGUGUAUUCUUCUUGAUUGAUACAAUUCAAAAUCUAGUCGUAAAAUUGGUCGAUCUCUGUUCUGUAUUCUGUGUCUCAAGGGGAGAAUUGAGCGUACCUAUAGUGAACCUUGGACGAAUAGGUUAUUCAAACUCUUGGUCUGACGUAAAGUUUCAAUUCUCUGUGAGGAAUGUAUCUGACAUACCACUAAAUUAUGAAUUGGAAAGCCCUGAUUAUAUCGAGAUGGAUGAUAAUUCCAAUUGUACUGAUCAAGGAGUUGUUGCUCUGAAGUAUACGGUGGAGCCACGUGCUGACAAAAUUAUCACAGCAAUACUUAAACCUCGUCUAAUACCCAAUUUUGCUGCUGGUGAACGCACAUUUAUAGUUAAUGUUCUUAAUAUGUACAAUCCUUCGAAUGUCUUAACUUUAAAAGUUAAAUCAAUUCUCACACUGUUUGAGCUCAAAUUUGAUCGUCUAACACAUGGUGAACUAGUAAUGCCUACUCUUUACCAUCCAAUUCCUUCAUCAGACGUUCCAUGUGAUGCUUGGUUCACGAUCAUUAAUGUGAGCGAUCAAGACAUCCGGUUCGAAAUUGGCGUAGAACUCAGACCUGAUGUUUCUCAAUUUGUAAAAGUUGAAGUUCUUUCCAGAUAUUCUAAUUCUCCAUUAGUAGGUGUAGUAUCAAUUAGUGGUAAUGGUUCUACGGAAGUCAGAGUACGCAUUUAUCCAAUUGAAACGAGUCGUAUACCUUGUGAGCUAUCUUGUCUCACAGAUAAUAAGGGUAUCAUCUUUGGAAACCUUUGGGUUGCAACAAAACAGACAAGUGAUAAUGCAGACCAGAAAGUUGCUGAGAAUAUACCUAUUCGCGGUAUUAUUGCAGAAUCCUCAAUGUUCUCUAUAUCUCCAAACAGAAUUCGAUUCAAGACUACAUGGUCUUCAGAUAGUGAAAUUACUGACGAAGACUAUUCUGUAAGUCGUAUACCGGCGGUGCCUUUAAUUAUCGGUGACUCAGAAGAUACGUCUAUCCAAAAUAAUUCGGUCACAAUUACCAAUAAUUCAGAUAAAAUACCUCUUUUUUUCAAAGUUCAAAUUGAGGGGCCGAUGGAAUUUUCUGCGAAAGAUAUUUUUAAUAUUACUCCUUUAGAUGAAAAUGGAUAUGGUACUGUGGAAGCAGGUCAAAAGCUCUUGCUAAGAAUUGAUUUUGUUAAUUCUGCAGUAGCAGUAUCAGAAGACAUCAAGAUUCAUAUAGUAGAUUUAAAAUCACUCUAUGGACAAAAGAGAACUAUUCUUGUCAGUAUUGAAUCCGACAUUAGAGAAAAUCGCAGCAAAAUAAAUUCUACUGCUUUAGAAGCAAUUGAUUUUAUUAGGAAUCCUUUAGCACCUUCAUUGGAAGGUAUCCACACGUACAAGGAAUCCUCAUCCGGCCUUCCUCAUAUUACUCUCCGUGGAUGCAAACGAAUUGGAGGAUCUACCGACCUUAGUGGCCGAUAUGAACUGGACCUUGGACAACAAGAUCUCGGAUCCACUACCAUCGUAAAAAAACUAACACUCGAGAAUUCAACUUCACAACAAAUUUCUUACCGCAUUAAAACAGUUUUCGAAAGCGAUAAAAAUUGGCUCAACAUUAAUCGAUUUGAAGGAACAUUAGAGGCGUUAACAGAUGAUUAUGAGCAACGUCUAGAUGCUCAUACAAUUACGCUGAGUUUUUCUACAAAUACCAGAAAUGUACAUUCAACUUAUUUAAUUAUCGAAAAUUUGAGUAAUCCCUCAGAUAUCAAGACUAUAAGAGUUAUGAUGGAGUUUCAAACAAAUCUCGAUUAUGAUGACCCGACCGAAAUAGUGUUUUCCACAUCAAGAAUCACCGCAAAAUUAUUUAAAACGCUUACUGUUGAACCUGAAAAUCCCGAAUUAAUAGAGACAAAAAUAAUUGAAAUAUAUGUGAAUUGUAGACUUGUUAAGGAUUAUCAGCAAACUGUUAUACUAAAAGCGGAAUGCAAAAUUCCGUCAUUACGAGUGGAGUACGAGGACUCGGAGGCUUUGACAGAUUCUAAUUGCAAUGAUGAUGAAUUUACCGUGCAAUUUGAUCAAGAAUAUCGAGAAAUUAUGAUUAAGAAUUUGCUUGAUGCUCCACUAGAAUAUGAAAUAGUUAAUGACACAAUGUACUUCAUUUUGGACGUCUCUCAUGCCAGUAAUAUGGUAACUCCAAGAUCAGAUCAUCGCAUUAUUGUGCGACCAAAUGUUAAAGCUUUAUUGAAAAAUGCCGAAAGCGUUCGGAGGGUGUGCCGUCGGAAAAUUACUGGAUACCACUUAGAAUAA